UUAGGGUUUGGUUUGUGGUGCGAAAUCCUAUCCGAAUCAGAAUAUAUAUUUCAACCCGGUGAAGAAACAUCACUCUCUUGCCUGUUCCCAGUGUGCUUUAGCUUUGUCCUUUUGAUCCUUCCCUACCCGUAACUUUCCCCAACAGACUCCAAGCUUUUCAGGAAAGAAAACCCUUGGUUCUGAAGGCAAAGGCGAAGAUGAGGCCGGUUUUCGUUGGGAACUUUGAGUACGAUACUCGUCAGUCAGAGCUUGAACGCUUGUUCGCCAAGUAUGGCAGGAUUGAGCGCGUUGACAUGAAAUCUGGUAAUUCUUGUAUCACUUUCUGUUGCACGCUGAAUGAUCACUUCACCAAUUUCACCUGUCUUGUAUUAAUGUAUGUUUAGGGUUUGUAAAAUUGCAACGUGUUUUUGGUUUUUGUGCAAUUACACUAGUAGAUGCUGGAAAAUCUUUGAUUGAUAGGUUAUAGAUAGUUCAUCUAACACUAAUAGCUACUUAGAAUUAGGUUUGAUACUGAAAGAUGCUGGAGAUUAGGGUAUAUUAUUUGUUAGUAAUGCUGCUUUUGGAGUUGGAAGAUUGUUGCUAAUGUAAUGUAAUCCUGGUGGAAAAUAAAAUGGACGCAGAAAGAAUUGAAAAUUUCUGUGGGGGCAAAGCAAUCCUCCAUUUUAUACGUGUUUAUUUUGACGCAGGAACUUGUUCUAAGGAAAAAUAUGCUUUGAUGAGCUUCUAUACUUUUUACAGAAGGAAACCUUUCAUGCUUGUCUGCUCUCUGCUUCCUUCUACCGAUAGCAUGAUCUCCAUUUUCUCACUCACCUCAUCGCACCAACCACUUCCACUGGAAUGAUCUUCAAUCGAUUUAAUAUGCCAUGCUUAGCUUCACUGAAAAUAGGGGGUCAUUGAAUUUCUGUCAUGCCAUGCCAUCUAUUAUUUGAAUCACUACUGCUGUCUGAAAUCUGAAUGGAGAAGCAUGCUUGGCAAUGACAUGCACAAUAUCAGAAUCUCAAUUUUGGAUUUUAAUCUUUAAUUGCAAUCAUCAUUUUCUUCAUCAUUCAACGCCUCUACACUACAGCAUCAUCUGCAUCAGCUCUCACAUAUAUGCAGGGUUUGCUUUUGUCUAUUUUGAGGAUGAGCGAGAUGCUGAAGAUGCAGUUCGUGCUCUUGACAACUUUCCAUUUGGUUAUGAGAAGCGAAGGCUGUCUGUAGAGUGGGCUAGGGGUGAACGCGGUCGCCAUCGUGAUGGCUCAAGGUCAAACCAGAGGCCCACAAAAACACUAUUUGUGAUUAAUUUUGAUCCAAUUCGCACCCGAGUUCGUGACAUAGAAAGACAUUUUGAACCUUAUGGGAAGGUUCUUCAUGUUCGCAUUCGUCGUAACUUUGCAUUUGUGCAGUUUGAAACACAAGAAGAUGCUACUAAAGCUCUUGAGUGUACACAUAUGAGCAAGAUAUUGGAUAGAGUAGUGUCUGUUGAGUAUGCUCUGAGGGAUGAUGAUGAAAAGGGUGACAGAUAUUAUGACAGUCCUAGAAGAGGAGGUUAUGGGAGAUCACCCAGUCCAGGUUAUAGGAGGAGACCGAGCCCUGACUAUGGCCGUCCACGCAGUCCUGUAUAUGAUAGGUACAAUGGUCCAGCCUAUGAUAGGCGUAGGAGCCCUGAAUAUGGUAGGCCUCGGAGCCCUGACUAUGGUAGGAACAGGAGUCCUGAAUAUGGGAGACAUCGCAGUCGAACACCAAUUCGAAGAUCCAGAACUUAGAAGCAGUUCUUGGUCCCUGGGGUUUGAUGCAUCUGGAGUUGCUUGAUCUUUUUCUCGUGGAUGUUGGAAUAGCUGGUCAUACAUCAAGGAGUGCGUUAUGCUGUUUUCAAAUUUCAAUCUCUGGUUUCUUAGCUGUGUAGCAGUUAAUAUGAAAUUUGCUUUUGUAGGAUCCUAAAUAUAUAGUCAGUUUUCAGAGGCAGAAUCUUUAAUACUUGAUGCGACAUCGUAGCUUGCUGUGAUUAAAAUUAAUUGGCUUAUUAAUAUGAUGACAUGCAUGAUUCUCUGGAACAUUUUAGUAUCAUGUUAUUACGGAAAGUGAUGUCCCAUGGUGUUGUAAAAGCAUAAAGGGUUGCUUCUAAAAUGUUUAAACACCAAACAUUCCAAAAUUUCCCAUAGCUGACGAUAAAUUAUGCAAUAAAGGGUGCUUCAUUGUUUGAAAUCUG